UCCUGAGCAAACAAUUAAAGUACAAACAAAAUUCUGCUGAAAUAACGGAGGGCACCAGCAAGAUGGCGUCGUCCGCAGACGUCAAUUUCCAGGAUAUGGAAAUUCUCAACGCCAACGUGUUUGGAGUUUUGAAACUAUGCCCCAAGUACAUCGGGAAAAUUCUGAAAAUCGAGUGCUCGGAUAAAGAUAGUUCAGAAACUUAUACAGACUAUAUUGAAAGACGCCGAGGCACAGAGAUCUCUCGAAUGGAAUUGAGAAGGAUGUGCGGUUUUUCUUUCCGUCGUUUCCAAACUGCAACGUCUCCCGACGACAUGGACAUGACCGAACUUUUUUCAUUGUUUUCAAUUCUGUUCAAGGAAACAAGUCAUAGUAGAAACCAAGAAGAUCUUAUGAUGAAAAAACUGAGAGAAAUCAAAGACUUGAGAAAUUGUGUUAUGCAUGAGUACGCGUCUAUGAAGGACCCAACAAUUAUUGAGAAGAUCAAAUCCGCCUUAUUAGAGUUCAUUCAUGAAGCAAAAACCUGCUAUCAUUCUUUCCUGAACGAGAUAAACUUAUUGGAGCAACAGCUGCAAGACGAAAUGCGCAGCAAUUUUGUUCCUGGUGAUCAAAAGCUCGUGUACGACAAAUACCGUUUGCGCACCGAAGGGAAACAGAAUGCAGAGCGCGGUUUCCGUAAAUAUGUCAAUGAAAAGUUACCAAUGAACUUGGGUGACGCUGAACGGUCAGCCGUGUUCCAUCCACCGGAAUUGUCUCUCCCAAAAGAUGAGAGCAAUUCAUUCCAGUACCAAGCUGUCUUUGAAUGCAGCCAAAAAAUCGCAGUUGUUUCGGGAGUAAAAGGAGCUGGCAAGACGACAAUACUGAAGAACAUAAUCCUACAAUUCAUAAAAUUGUCGGAAAACGACUUGAUUUACCUGGAACGUUUUGCUCUUCUUGUCUUCAUUCAAUGCAAUGACUGGACUAAGGAAAAACUAUAUCAAGUAUUCUGUGAGCACUUCGGGGAUGAGUGUGUCAAACAGGGAGAAGAAAGGGUCCUGAACGCCAUCUCUGGACUACCCGUGCUGUUUUUGGUCGAUGGAUUCGAUGAGCGAAACAAAGUAUCCAUGGGAGUCCUACGAGAACUGUUUCAAAAAACCUGGCAUCCUGACUCUUUCAUACUCGUUACAACUCGUCCACAGGCAAUUGAAGAACUCCAGACACUUCUUGCUGUAAAAGACAUCAAUUUUCAGGAGUACAAGAUUGCGCCGCUCUCAAAAACCAGUAGUCAGUUGGCUUUCCUUAAGAGAUAUGAAGAAAGCCCAAGCAGGAACCCCGAGUGUGCUGGAAUGAUACUAGAACGAUUCAUCCAGUUGGACGCAGAUUUGAGAAGGAUGUUCACGGAACCUUUGACUCUAUUGAGUUUCUGCUCCAUCUACGAGAAGAAUCCUGCUAAAAUUGAUCAAUGGAGAAGCUACAACGACGUGACAAGAGAUACAUCAGAGCUUCAUAAGGCUAACGUAAAGACGAAACUCGCCGAUAAAGAUAUCCCCAACAAAGAACAUCUAAUCGACAACCUCUUCAUUGUCAUUGGACAGUUAGCGCUGGAAUUUCUUGUGGAGGACAAAAUAACCUUCAAUGAAGAAGAGAUCUCGAAAUUCGACCAACUUGCUUACGACGAAAUUAAGACUCACGGCGCCACGAUGGAGCUUGACAUGAGAGUGUUCCUGGAUGCCCUGUUGAUACCAAACUCAUCAUUCUCUGAGGGAGCUGCUGCAACGUACUCUUUCCCACAUAAGUCUCUACAGGAAAAGUUCGCAGCCGAUUACGUUACGAAUCAAUUGCUGUACAAGGAUAAAGAUCUCCCAGGAAUACUCCCGAUGGACGUAGCAACGAAGUCACGCCUCCGAGAGGUGCUGGAGUACGUAAUGCAAGACUUGAGCAGCAGACCUAAGAUGUUCCAGAAGCACUGGCCUGAUCUGGAGCAAGCCAUAACCGACGCAGGUGUCGUCAGUGCCGCUGAGUGGCAGAACUUGCUGUUCCAUGCUCCAAAAGUCCAAGAACUGGCAAAGCAUGCUGCCGAGAUCACGAUCCGUGAGACUGAAGUGUGGAACGUUACUUCCGUUCGUGAUGUGUUGGUAGUCUCGCUGAUGUUGCCACACCAGCAGCCCCAUCUCAUCAAUGUCAAGUUGUCACCUGCUGAGCUAAAAGAAGCUGGUCCCAGCUGGUCAAAUUUGACUCGGCUGUACAAGGGGCAACUGAAGCUGGACUUGGGAGCGACGAGACUCGAACCUUGUGACGAUCUGUUGGAGUUUCUGAAAGGCUCAAAGUGUGAGCUCAAAUUCUUGAACAGCGCCAUUAGCAGAAAGGCUGCUGUCACCGCGGUGGCUUCUGUCACUACAGAUCAAUCAGAACUGUACAUCUUUCUGCCCAGACCUCUCAACCUGGAAGCAUUGAACAGCCGACAUGAGCAGUUGAUGGUGCAUAUUUGGCCUCUGGAUGCCACAUGGUCAGCAGAACUCCAGCAAAACCAUGGAGAAGGCAACGAUGACUGUGCCGAUGAUAUCGAGGAUAUGCGCCUGCCAUCUCAACCACCGCCGUGGCUGAAGGUGUACGGCAGAGAAACUGGCAGCUGGGAAACAACUGCCGAGGCCAUAUGCAUAAUUUCCCCCAGGAGUAAAAGAUUCUACGACAUUUGGCUGAUUAACUGCCGGUUCGAUGAUGGUGAAAUGACGCAACUCCUGUCGCGCCUGCACAGCAACGGUAUUAGGAGUGCCACAGGCGGCCAAACGCGAUUCACCAGAAACAGGUAUGAAAACUCUUCUACAUGCACUCUUCUGCGCAUAAGUGAUAACCCUCUGGUGAGUUCCCGUCCGUAAUUGGACCCAAGAGACAGUAAAGAAGCAUGACUCAAAUUACAGAAAAGAUGGAAGACGAAAGUUACAGAAAAGAGGGAAGACCCAAGCUACAGAAAAGAAGGAUGACUCAAAUUAUAGAAAAUAGGGAAGACCCAAGCUACAGAAAAGAAGCAUGACUCAAAUUAUAGAAAAGAGGGAAGACCCUAGUUACAGAAAAGAAGCAUGACUCAAAUUAUAGAAAAGAGGGAAGACGAAAGCUACAGAAAAGAAGCAUGAAUCAAAUUACAGAAAAGAUGGAUGACGAAAGUUACAGAAAAGAGGGAAGACCCAAGCUACAGAAAAGAAGGAUGACUCAAAUUACAGAAAAGAUGGAACAACCACGUUACAGAAGAGAAGGAUGACCCAAGUUACAGAAAAUAGUGAUAACUCAAGUUACUAAACGAGGAAAGCCUCAUGCUAGAAAAAAAGAGAGAAGACAAAAAAACCGUUACAACGAACAAAAAAGCCGGAAGUUAAAACAAAUUUUCAAGAUGUUGAGUAAUACUGCAUUGCACGGGACAUGAGCUUGGUAUAAAAAUUAUAAAAAGGACAGCAAAUCCGAAAAUUUAUAUCGUCUGUCAUAAAAUAAUCACAAAAAUAGAACAAGAUCAUUAGAUUUGAAGGAAAUUGUUACGUAUUUAGAAAUAAUGAGUAUUUCAGGUUUAAAUAUAUUUUAAAGUUAAGCAUAGUAAGAUGUAAGCACAAAUGCAAUAGGCCUUAUCCGUGAAAAUGACAGUUUAAUGUAAGCGUUAUCGAGUUGCGGCCUCAGCUUCAAGUCAUAGUAUGUGUUCGAUUUUGGCUGAGUUUUGAGAAGUAACGUAAUGUACUUCUUUGGUCAUCUCUAUUUAAUGUACUAGUUGAUUUAUGUUUUUAUUGGUAGUUGUAAUAAUUCCUAAUUUUAGACGCACUUUUUCUUCUAACCAGUUCCUUCAUUAAGACGACAAGCACUCUAGUGAACGCCAUGUAGUAUGAUAAUUUCUUAAAAACCCUUACUUGACGCUUGUUUCCUUUUCAAGUGUUCGAGUAGGACUUCGAUUAAAAUGUUACAAUGAUUUUAGGUAUUAAGUCGUAUAGAUUUAAUUGCGUGAACCUGAUUAUUCUCAUUAUAGGCACACUUUCAGCUGGCAAGUUCUGCAUAUACGAGCGGCUAAGAAACAAUAUAAUGCCGUAUUUCUACUUAAUUGCCGCAUUUCUACUUUAUCAUAGUUUGAUAAUAGCCAGUUAUUUUUUAUUAAUCGUGUGUUAUACCGAUAAAAUAGCCAAGUUAUAUUCUUUAGCGUUAAAUAAAACUAUUCCCUGGGCCGUAUUAUCUACAUUCGUUAGAGUACAUGUAGUAGCCUAUGUACACGUGGCCUAUGAUUUCUUUUCUGCGAUUGGCUGGUCAAGAUUGACAAGCCGUAAAUGAUUGGUUGACUGAGCUUGAAUUCGCUACUAUUUACGCUAUUUGAGGCCCUCAACUGAAUUAUUUAAUGUUUUAUUGAAAUUUCAGUUGAAUUGUUUAAGGUCUUAUUUAAGUUUCACGUGAAUUACUUAAGAUUUUAUUGAGCGUCAGUUAAAUUAUUCAAGAUUUUAUUGGGCGUCAGUUAAAUUAUUCAAGGUUUUAUUGAAAUGUCGGUUUCUAUCAGUGAAACUUGUAUGAUUUGCCCAGACGAUCGUCUAAUUUAAUAAGGAAUUUUGCAAAGCGUGUAAUUUCAGCGCUGCCUUUAUUAUGAAUAAAGUACUAUCAUCCACGACUAAGUAAAUGAAAGCACUAAUGAUAAGAAAUUGAUCACAAUUUGAGCUUUGAUAAUUAAUACACAACAGGUAUAUUACACAGGCGAGUAUGUUGGCAACACGCGACCCGUGUGCUCAUCUGCUUGGUGAGGGUGUGAGCUUUAUUUACACGCCUAUAAAUAAUAUGAAUUCUCUCAAAAAAACUAUUAUGGCAAAUUCAAGUGUAAAAUAAGAAACUGGUUAUGAAGGUGACAGAAAUGAUGUAAAGGGUUUAGUGAGUAAACAGAAGUCUAAUAGGCUAAAAUAGGGUGGCGCAGUGGUUACAGUUCAGAGUACCAAGA